CACACCCAACUGUGUGUAGCACCUGUCGCAAGGUGCCGCGAGUGUUGUCGACGUCGUUAGUCGGGGGAAAAAAAGUGAAAAGUGCCUUAGAAUGAUAUUUAAGCAGUGGCCCUGGCAGGCCCUUAUCAGCCUGCUCUGCGUGUUGUUCCUCGCCAGCAGUUGUGGGGCGGCCACCGAGCAGCUAAGCAGCCCAUCCCAGCCCAGUCCCAGCCCAUCCCAAAGCGCCGGGGCACGGACCCUUCUCCGGGUCUACGACGAGUGCACCCGCGCCGAGGCCGGAUUUGUGCCAUGUCUGAAAAAGAAGGCCAUAUCAUUCAUCGACCGCCUGGCCCCCAUCGACGCCAUCAACGUGGCCGAUGGCAUCAAGCUGGUGCGCCUGGAAACAGCUCCACGUCCUCCGGCCGCAAGCGAGAACGAGCUGGAGUCCUCGUUGCCGCGAUCCGGAAGCGAUCGGGAUGCCAAGCUCACCAACAUGCUGAUUGAGCGGCUCAGCUACUUCUUCAACGGGCAUUCCCUGCAGGUCAGCUUCCCCAAGCUCACAUCCGAUGAGAUUGGACGCGGACUAGAGGAAGGUCGUGGUAAAAUGAAGAAGAUGAUGGGCAUGAUGAUGAUGGGCAUGGCCAUGAAGAUGAUGGGCAUGAUUCCGAUUGCCAUGGGAGCGCUCUACAUACUGGCAGGCAAGGCACUGAUCAUCUCGAAGAUCGCCCUGCUCCUAGCGGGCAUAAUGGGGCUGAAGAAGCUGAUGUCCGGCAAGUCGUCAGGCGGCAGUUCCGGCUGGUCCUCCGGAGGCGGCGGCGGAGGCGGCGGUGGUUGGUCCUCCGGAGGCGGUGGCGGUGGAGGCGGUGGCUGGGACCGUCGAUCCCUGACCGAGGCUCAGGAGCUGGCCUACCGAGCCCACCACCAGGAGCAGGCGGGCCACGCCCAGAGCCACCCGCAGCUGCAGCAUCUGCAUCCGAAGGUAGCGGUGCCGCAAGUGAGCAAGUCGUAGGACGGAAAUCAAGAGAUACUGAAGGGCAGGAGGAGGAGUGACCCCAAGUGUUAGAUAGCUGCAUUUAUCUUGUGGAUAAAUCACGGACGGCGGACGGAUUGUAAUUAGAUACACACUCUUUUUGCACUUGCACUGCGGGGCAGAAAUGAUGACUUGAUGCACUUCCAACGGUUUACCGAUGCACUGUGGCACCUAUGGGUACAUCGAUUAAAAUGUACCCAGAACGUGCGUUCCCACUGGGCACUGCGGACUUUUUAUAAUGAUUAGUAUUUGCUUUAAUCGAUUACGUUUUGUUCUAUGUAUCGCUCUGUCCUGCUUUGUUCUUCCAGCCGCGUUUACUGUUGCUGAACCCGGCCUCUAUAUCUUUUUUAACCUGUAUCUAUGUAUCUGUGUAUCUGUGUAUCUGUAACUCACUGUGCAUCAAUUCCUAUGGCUAACUGCACUUGCAAUUUUCAAUUACCUGUCGUACUUCCGCUUCUGUAGCCCGUUUCCAAGUCCAACUCACACCACUGUCGCACUUUGAUUAACUCAAGCCUGUCUAGCUGUACGUAGCCACUAAGUAUAAUAAUUUAUUUAACUUUAUUAUUUA